CGCGGAAGAGACCACCAGCAUCCAGAGUCUCCCAGUUCGUUCAGUGGAUCACACAUCAACAUGAGAGUGCAACGGACACCAAUGCUCCAUCUACUGAUGAUGGCACUGCUCUGUGCUUCGAGCAUCUGCCUGUCGAUGGGCCACAGCGACGAGAUUGUGAUGGUGGAGGACAUCAUCAAGGUGCAGGACACGGAGCAGCCAGAGGACAACAGCAGCAACAUUGCCCUGAUCACCCUGAGCGAGUCUUCCAGCGAUGAGGCCGAUGACAAGGACGUAAAUGGCCAACCAAAUGUCUCGGAUGAUCUGAUAUUUCUCUCCAACAAAACCAAAAGCCAGAGCCAGCUCUCAGAGGAUAUAUCCGUCUCCGAAGAGCAGUCUGAGGAGGAGCCGCCAACAGAGGAGAGCCCCGCCUGCCAGCCGAUCGAUUUGAGUGCCUUUGUGGCUCUGAUCCCGGCCCGAGAAGUGCAGUCGAUUGCCAGCCACUAUUACCACCACGAUGCGGAGGUGCAACGAGCCUACGCCUUCCUCUCUACCAGCUUCGUCGCCAUUAAGCACCAGAUGCUGCAGCUGCCCGAGGUGCUGGCCUUCACACGAUACCUGAAUGCCAGCGGCCUGGAUGUGCUCAAGAUAAUGGAUUCCCUGGCAAAGGCCAUCAAGCCCUCGUCUCUCGAUUUGGUCAGCAAUUCAGCGGCCGGCAAUGCCACUUUAGCCAGCGCCACGACUAGAGAGCCACUCAAUGGCUUGCACGGGCUGGUGGACAGCAUACUGGACAUCCUGCCGCAGGACCAACUGCUGGCCACCUUCUUCGACAAGACCGAAAGCGACAAGCAGUUCGCGGCCCUCGUUGACAGCAUCGGUACAUCGACGUUUGCCAAAAUCCUAACCAAUCUUCAGAACUCUGUGCCGCUGCGUAAUCUAAUCUUUGUAAUGCACUCCAACGGCAUCUAUGUGGAACGGAUUGUUGAGUCGCUCAAAUCGUACUUUUUCCUUGCCAGCUUCUAGCCUUACCGUGCAAAUAAACGAAACCAAACGAAACCCAAAAAAAACCCCACAACCCCAUCCUAA